AGACAGCCAGCGGGAACCCAGCAAAGAAGAUGUUGUGGAAAGUUUGAAGUUUCUUUAUCAAGAAAACGACGACUUAGAUGGUCUGUUUGACGAAAUGUUUCAAGUCGGGGGCGCACUUUUCGUCACUGCGGUGCAACAUAUUGUCGCGAGAACACUAAUUCGUUUCCCUGAGGAAUAUGGGGAGUGCAUACCUAAUUUUAAGAAUCUAUCACUGCCCAUUCAUGUCGAAUUUUUACAAGCGCGGAAGGCUGGUGCCUAA